GCGGGGAGCAUCCGCCAUCUUGGCAGUCCGGUCUCCCGCCGGAUUGAAUGAGCCCGCGGAGCCCGCUCGCACCGCAGCCUCCGCUUCAGUGAGGGAGCUCGAGGCAGGUCGCCGGCCCCCGCCCCGCUAUGGCCACGCCGAUGUCCGGCCGCAGUGCGGCCUCGGGCCUCGGUCCCGGGACGCCGCUGUCGCCCGCGCGCAUCUCGCGGCUGCAGGAGAAAGAGGAGCUGCGCGAGCUCAACGACCGCCUGGCGCAUUACAUCGACCGCGUGCGCGCGCUGGAGCUCGAGAACGACCGGCUGCUGCUGCAGGUGUCCGAGAAGGAGGAGGUCACCACGCGAGAGGUAAGCGGAAUCAAGGUCCUCUAUGAGUCGGAGUUGGCUGAUGCCCGGAGAGUCCUGGACGAGACUGCCAGGGAAAGAGCCAAGCUUCAGAUUGAAAUAGGAAAAUUAAGAGCGGAACUUGAUGAGGUCAAUAAAAACUGUAAGAAGAAGGAUGGAGAUCUGACUGUUGCCCAGGGCCGGGUAAAGGACCUUGAGUCCCUGUUUCACCGGAGUGAGGCUGAGCUUUCUGCUGCCCUGAGUGACAAACGGAAUCUGGAAAAUGAUGUUGCCGAGCUCCGGGCCCAGCUCGCUAAGGCGGAAGAUGGUCAUGCUGUGGCAAAAAAGCAAUUGGAAAAGGAGACGCUGAUGCGGGUGGACUUGGAGAAUCGCUACCAGAGCUUGCAGGAAGAGCUAGACUUCCGGAAGAACAUAUUUGAAGAGGAGGUGCGAGAGACUCGGAAAAGCCACGAGCGCCGUUUGGUAGAGGUUGACAGCAGCCGUCAGCAGGAAUAUGAAUUCAAGAUGGCACAAGCCUUGGAGGACCUUCGUAAUCAGCAUGAUGAGCAAGUGAGGAUCUACAAGAUGGAGCUGGAACAGACCUACCAGGCCAAGCUGGAGAACGCCAAACUGUGCUCUGACCAAAAUGACAAAGCAGCCAGUGCAGCUCGGGAGGAGCUGAAGGAAGCCCGCAUGAGAGUGGAGUCUCUCAGCUACCAGCUCUCCGGCCUCCAGAAACAGGCCAGUGCAGCAGAAGAUCGAAUCCGUGAGCUGGAGGAGAUUUUGGGCGGGGAGCGGGAGAAGUUCCGCAAGAUGCUGGAUGCCAAGGAGCGGGAAAUGACAGAGAUGAGGGACCAGAUGCAACAGCAGCUGACUGAGUACCAGGAACUGCUUGAUGUCAAGCUUGCCUUGGACAUGGAAAUCAAUGCGUAUCGGAAACUCUUGGAAGGGGAGGAAGAGAGGCUGAAACUGUCCCCCAGCCCCUCUUCCCGAGUCACUGUGUCCAGAGCCACCUCAAGCAGCAGCAGCAGCAGCACAUCUGCCAUCCGAUCUUCUCGAAGCAAGAGGAAGCGGGUAGAGCUGGAGGAGCAUUCAGGCAGUGGCACCAGCGGCAUUGGCACCGGCAGCAGCGCCAGCAGUGCCAGCAGCAGCAGCUUCCAGUUGUCCCAGCAAGCCUCUGCCACGGGGAGCAUCAGCAUAGAGGAGAUUGAUUUGGAGGGGAAAUUUGUGCAGCUCAAGAACAGCUCUGAUAAAGAUCAGUCCCUGGGGAAUUGGAGGCUAAAGAGACAGAUUGGAGAUGGUGAAGAAAUUGCAUAUAAAUUUACGCCCAAAUAUGUUCUUCGUGCUGGGCAAACUGUCACGAUCUGGGCAGCAGAUGCUGGUGUGACUCAUAGCCCACCAUCUGUUCUCGUGUGGAAGAACCAGAGCAGCUGGGGCACUGGAGGAAAUUUUCGGACAUACCUGGUCAACGCAGAUGGAGAGGAAGUGGCAGUGAGAACAGUGACUCAGUCACUAGUUGUGCAAGAGAACGGGGAGGAAGAGGAGGAGGAAGAAGAAGCAGACUUUGGCGAAGAAGACCUUUUCCACCAACAGGGAGACCCCCGGACAACCUCCAGAGGCUGUUCAGUGAUGUGAGUGCCCACCACUCACUUUCUUUAUCUAGCUCCUGCCUUUCCUCAGAGCCGCUGAAAACUAUUUUUGUAUCAUUGGAUUUCUUUAUUCCUUGUUACAUUUCUAGAGAUUUUUUAACCAAACUGCCAGAAUUUUUGAAUGGAUUUCUCUUCCUUCUUGGGUUGGCUGUCCCCUCUCCUGAACUUUAGGGGUCCCUUCAACACUACUAUCCAACUACUGCGUUUUCCCCAUUUUAGCAUUGAGUGAAUUAGAAAUUUACAGACAGGUCAAUUUUACCAAAAUGAAACUAGCCUUUUUUUUGAGGGGGGUGGGAGGAGGGGUGGGAAUGGAGGGUGUAGAUUAAUAAAAUCGAGUUGCUUCCCUGAUGGUAAGUGGAUUUCCUGGGGAGGAAUCAUGAAAUGAGAAAUUACCUCCUUCCCUGCGUAUAUACCCCAUGAUUCUCCAGGAAUGGCCACUAGUUGUGAUGAGGGCGCAAGAUGAUAUUUUUUAGUGUUUUCUAUCAAAUCUAAAGUUGAGAUUGCCAUGUUGCCUUGGUAGCUGAGGACCUGCUGAUGCAGGCUUUUGCAACAUGACCCAUUGUGUAUAAAAUUAGGAGAAUAGACUAUUAAAGCAAAUUUUUCUUUUUUAAUUUCCUUGAGGGGAAUUGGGAUAGAUCACCCGAUGGGAAUUUGAUGUGUGAUCUGCCCUGCAUAAACUGUUUAUAAUAACUUCUGCCAAGUGCAGUUUAGUCUCAGGCUUCCUCUAUCAUAUUUCAAUGAUUAUCAAAAACUGACAUUUAUGUCUGUCUGGGUACCACAAAGCAAGUGGCUCCCUGGUAACAAACUCAGUUUUGUUUUUUUAAAAAAACUUCAGGGCAUUUGGAUUCUCUUCACAGGCUGGCUUGGCCUUUUGUGAAUUUUGCUCUUGAGCUACUCAAAUGAACUAGGUUGGUAUGGCCUGAAGUUCUUGAUGGGAGAGUUUUGUGGCUCCAGGAUAUUGUUCCCUGAUUGCCCGCUUCUGCCAGUCCUAGUGGCUCUGCCUAAUGGCUUUUACUUUAGGGGCUUAGCUUGCAAUGCCAUGGGGCUGAAAAUUAAGAUAUUGAAAAACCCAGUUCUUCACAGGUCACCAAGAUUGUCUUCACAACCUCAAAUAACUUUAGUGUCAAGGAGCAAGUCACUGUGGGCUGAUUAGAUUAGAUUUCCAAAUAUUCUUUGCUAUAAGAAGGAAAGCUAGCCAAAUGUAGUGUCGGGCGGAAUGCAUCAAAAGCCAUUCAGCUGAUUGGACUAGUUAGCACUUAGAUUAAAAGAAGAAAAAUAUUGAUGGUGCAGAUGAGUCUUAACAAAUGUCUUCCUCUGGAGGGAGCUAUUCCGGUGGAAUUUUGAGCCUCUCCCUUUAUGGUCUAAUGCAGCCUAAUGAACUCCUGAUAGCACUGUCAGGGAGUGGGCAUUUUUAGAGUCAUAGGUGGCUCCUUUGGAUAAUGUUGAAUUUUUCCCUUGAAUUUGACUGACUUUUCUCAUCUGUUAUUCCCACUCUUUGUAUGGGGGUAACUAAAUAUGUAGUGAAAUCAUGCCUAUCUUUGUCAAAUAUAUAUAUGCACCUAUCUAUAUCUAUCUAUAUAUACAUAUAUCUUUUUGCUGAAAUUAUGUUUCUCAGACAAAACAUACAAAUGCAAAUUAACCUUUCCUAGAUUGAUAUUUUAAAACAUGCAGUCCACCUUCCAGCUGCCAAGGCCUAAGUCUCUCCUGCUAACUUGCUGUGUUUACAUGCCCUCCUACCUGUAUACAUAGAAGUUAUUUUUUUUAAUGGAUAUUUAUUUUUUUAUGUUGGCCAGUGUGCAGAUUGCUUCAUUUGGCCUAGGGAGCUCUGAUACUUAGUGGCUGGGACCUUGGCACAGGCUGGGUCAGCACAGAGGUGAGGUGGUGCUCAGACCAGUGGCCAGCCUCCUGGGCUCAUUCUGCUCUCUCUGUUUACUUGGUGUUUCCUUCCCCUACACUGAGCAGUGACAGCUCCCUCAGUUGUUUUUUUUUUUUUUUAAGUGAAUUCCCAUGUACAAGUAGCUUGAAUUAGAUUUCAAAUGAUCUGAGCCAUUGGCUGUUUCCUGCUUGACCGAGUGAAACAUGUUCUUUCCCCAAACUCUAGAAAACAGGUUGCCUCCUAUAGAGUUAGCUGGGUGGAUUGACCAACUUUUCCCCAUGCAACCAGAGUUUAUGCAAAUCCUGUGUUUCACUCUUAAGUGUAGAAAUAGUCAUUGUUUUCCCUCUACUACUGCGUGCACCACAUGUGACUUGCUUUCUUUAGGGAAUUGUGCAUCAAGAAAUCAAAUGUCUGUCAGUUUGGCUUUGAUUCAGCUUUCCUCUUGGAGCCUGUGGGUGUGGCCUACCUUUUUGAAAAAACAUUCCCAAGAGCAGGGUCCAAGAAGGUCCUAUCAUGACAACUUUAUGUCUUAUCUACCAAAAACAAUGUUUCUCAAGGACUAACUGUCCUGUCUGCAGGGCCAAGGCAGCCUCUUGGCUUUGUUGUCAUGUUCUUGAAAAGAUCACUGCCACUCAAACACUUUUAAGAGGCAAUUCCUGUUUUUAAAGUAGAGACACAUAUAGACUACUGUAUUCCUUCCACUAGUUGUUCAAAACUAAAUGACCAGAGACAUUUGCGUUUACCUUUCUGAAUCAUGUGGGAUUUGCUGGGAAACAUGCCGACCCCAUCAGUCAUAGCCUAGAGUGGACAACAUUAAAUUUAAGUAGGUUAAAGAGCUUUCAAAAUGAGGGAGAUGCUGGAAGGACCAGGCUUGGCUCUGUUUGCCAUCAUUCUCCAUAGGCUCUUGAUGAAAUUUUGAGCUGAGGGGGCUGGUCCUUGCCAUUGAUCUCCUCUUGAAUGACAGUAUCUUGGGAAUUGUCCAGCAGGCUGAAGGCACUAUCACUAGAGUAUGAAUUUUUUACACCUGAAGAGGUGAAAAAAGGACAAUAAUGGCCAAAUUUCAGUUAAACCCAGGGAAGCAGCCAUUGGCCAUUUUGGCCAGUUAAGCAUGCACGCUUGGCAGACAGAACCACAUUCUGUGGCUGUAUGUACUAAUUACACUAGCCGUGUGUGGAAAACUUUAGGGGGGAUUCCAGGAACAGUUGGGCUGCUUAGCAGGUCCCUUGUAGUCUCAACCCUUCCCCCAAAGCAAAUGGAGGAAAAAUGCCUCCAAGUUAUUAAUUAGCUCUUUGUUUUUUGGAGAGAGCCCAAGUGAUGGGUUUCACCCAAGGUAGGCAGCUAACCACCUGCAUAUAGCAAAUACAGGAGGUGCCAGAGCAUCUCUGGUCAUUGUCACAAUGUGAAUGAUAUUAACUGUGAAGGGGCAUUCCCUCUGUACUCUUAGCUUUCUGACCUUUACAUGGGGACUGACUCAACCCAGGGUUCUAAGAAGGCCCGAUCAUCCCAAUCAAACAGGAAAGGAGCGGCAUUCAUUCCUAUUUGGACAAAACCAUAAAGGUGUCAAAAGUGGGAGCUGAGUAACUGGAGACAGUUUCUUGGUGACUAUUGUUGCAUGUAUUGGGGAAAGUGAUUACACAAUUUCUUACUCAACUUCUUUUUGCUGCCCAGGAAAGAGCUCAUUCUGACCAAGGUGUCUGUCCUUGGAGUCCAGGGCAGAUCCAGGAGCUCAGUGUGCUCCCCAGUCUUGAGCCCUUUCCUAGCUCUCUGUUCUCUUUUUAUAACUGGUUUUAGGCUUCAUAUAGGGAGGCUCUUAGCUGGAAGGUUAGCUGUUUGGUGGCUGCAUGUGAGCCCAUAGUGGGAAAUGGAGUAUUUGGAAACAUUGAACAGCAUGAACCUUUUUAAUGCUGAACAUGGCCUGGGAAACAGAAUUUUUACUUGCCCUCAAAUAUGCUUAGCUUUACACCACUAUAAAGUAAUUCAGAGGUGAUUUUUUUUCUUGUUUUGUAUAAGCCCACAUUUACAUACAAUUAUUCUUUGUAAACAUAAUGCCUUUUUCUUGAAAUGCUAAGGUCUAGAUGAAAAAAUGGUUAGGUGAAAGUAGCAGUGAUGACCCUAGAGCCUGGCUUGAUCCUUUGAGUAAAGUAAAUCCUAGGAUUGGGAAAGGGGGGUGAGGGGUGGGAAUGGGGGGGUACUUUUGUGGAAGGUAUUAGUGCAGCUCAAAAGAUCAUGAAAACUUGAUUCUUCAUCAAUUGGGCAGGACAAGCAUUCCUCCCCAGGUUAUCGCACUAAAGCUGUUAGCAAUAAACCGUUGAAGAAAAGCAAGGCCCAAAGGCCUGCAGGUGACUGAGAUCACUUUUCCACAUCAAACUAUUUUCAUAAAGAUAGGACUUUUGACUUGAAUGGUAGUUUUAACCAGACAACUUUUAGAUAGCUUUGUUCUAUUUAUAUAGUGGCCAUUGAUAAUUAUGGAUGUAUUCUUUAUGAACACUGCUGUAAAAAGAAAAAAGUUGAAAUGACUUACUGAGUUGAAUAGUUAUCAUGCAAAACCCACAGACCAGUAGAGAUGACAUCAUCAUGCAGAGCAUUUGAGAACUAUGUGAUAAUCUAGACUUUAUCAUUUCAAAAAUGUUUUUUUAAGAAUAUACAUGCAUGCCAAAUGUCUUUUUCAAUGAUUUGUAAUAUACGUUUUAUGACUGGAAACUUUUUUGUACAAGACACUCCAAUAAAUGUUUUGAUUUAA